GCACCCGUGGGAGGAGCGGGUGACAUUUCGUCUGACACGCAUUCGGCCCGCCCCCUUUACGUCUGGCGUCAUCGACGUCGAAGGGGACUGUUUGUUCUGGAUUUGGGGCGAGGAAGGUCUACGAGCGCUGACAAGCGACUGAACAAGGUGUGACACCUACCUGCCUCUCUAUGUGUUGUGGUUUCCUUGCCCUCGCAGCGUGUCGCUGACAAGCAUCCCGUGUUACCUCUGGAAACUGCCGCCUCACCGACUGAGAUAUGAUUACACUAGUGGAUUAGACCACAGCGGCACAGCAUCAACCAUAGGGUCAAAGGAGGAGUGUAAUGGCCUGAGGGGGUUCCCCCCACUGCAACCUGCCCUUGCCAGGUCCAACCCACCUAACCUUUCUGCUCGGUCACUGCAACCCACUGCUGUGAUGGGUGACGGACUGGAGGCGGGCAGCAGCCAGAACCCUCCCUCUGCCACACCCCAUCUCCCUUUCAACCCACCUCCUCCAGAAACUUGGAACCCUUCUAGACCCAAACGACAGACCAACCAGCUUCAGUACCUGCUUAAAGUGGUGUUGAAGACCUUAUGGAAACAUCAGUUUGCAUGGCCCUUCCAAGCACCUGUAGAUGCAGUGAAACUUAAUUUGCCUGACUACUACAAGAUAAUCAGGAGUCCUAUGGACAUGGGCACAAUAAGAAAACGUCUGGAGAACAACUACUACUGGAACGCCCAGGAGUGCAUCCAAGACUUCAACACAAUGUUCACAAACUGCUACAUCUACAACAAGCCUGGAGAUGAUAUUGUCCUUAUGGCCGAGGCUUUGGAAAAGCUCUUUCUGCAUAAGAUCACAGAGAUGCCGCAGGAAGAGGUAGAGAUUGCUGUGGUCAGUAAGGGACGUCGUGUGGGGAGGCGGGAGCCCUCUCUGAUGACGAUGUCUGACUCAGGCCAAGACUCAUCCUCCCCUUCUACUACCCCACAUACAAGAGGUUUCUCAUCCCCCUCAGCCACUCCACACACCCGUGGUACACCAACCCAGCCCCUAGCGCAGCCCCUAGCCCAGCCCCUAUUGCAGCCCUUAGCCCAGCCCCUAGCGCAGCCCCUAGCCCAGCCCCUAGCUCAGCCCCUAGCGCACCCCCUAGCGCACCCCCUAGCUCAGCCCCUAGCUCAGCCCCUAGCGCACCCCCUAGCACACCCCCUAGCUCAGCCCCUAGCACAGGCCAUAGUGCAGCCCCUUGCUCAGCCCUUAGCCCAGACCAUACCCCAGGCUUUAGCCCAGCCCUUAGCCCUCCCUCAAGUCCAAACACAACCCCCACGGGUGCCUCCUACACCCACAAACCAUACUUCACAUCUUGGACCCCCAUUCUCCUUCUCGACUCCAGAUGUCCUAGCCCAAGGUAUGACAUCUGUCCCUCCUCCAGUCAUGACACACGCUAGCCUCCAUCCUGCCCCGGUGCUGCAGAGCUCCCCGGCCCUCAUCAAGCAAAGGAAAAGCCAGAAGAGGAAAGCUGAUACCACCACACCUACAGCCAACGAUCAGCUAAGCGAAUCGCCUCCAGUACCUGAUGUGGCUUGGCCUCGUCGGGACAGCACUCGCCCGUUGAAGCAAGCCAAAAGAGACUCCCUGCAGCCUGACUCUCAGCAUCAUGUGGGCGGAGGCUCGGAGACAGGAGGGACGGUGACAUCGAAGCGUCAGGAGCAGUUACGUUUCUGCUCACGCCUUGUCCGAGAGAUGUUGUCUAAGAAACACGUGACCUACGCCUGGCCUUUUCACAAACCUGUUGAUGCAAAAGCUCUCUCCCUACACGACUACCAUGAGAUUAUCAAGCAUCCAAUGGAUCUCAGCACCAUCAAGAAAAAGCUGGAUAACCGGCAGUACAGAGAGGCCGAUGAGUUUGCUGCAGACGUCCGGCUGAUGUUCUCGAACUGUUACAAGUACAAUCCUCCAGACCAUGAUGUUGUAUCCAUGGCACGUAAAUUACAGGAUGUGUUUGAGAUGCGCUUCGCUAAAAUGCCCGAUAAUUCAGAAGAACCCACUCCUGUUCCCACACCAUCAUCGGCCCUCCACUCUGUACCACCCACUCGACAAGUCCCCCCUCCGUCUGCAGUAACAGAAGAGGACAGCUCAACUACCUCUGAGUCUGAGUCCUCCAGAGGAGACUCGGAGCAAGAACGGCAACACCGACUGGCUGAGCUACAGGAACAGCAUCAACCGCCUGAAUUGGCAAUCCAAAUUUGGCUGACCAAAACCAGGCUUAAAGCUGUGCAUGAGCAGCUGGCAGCCCUUUCCCAGCCACAGACCAGCAAGCCCAAGAAGAAAGAGAGAGACAAAAAGGAGAAGAAGAAAGAAAAGCAUAAAAAGAAGUUGGAAGCAGAGGAACCUACAGAAACCUCUCCACUUGCAAUGCUUCAGAUCCCUAAGAAAAGCAAGAGCAAAGAUCCUGUCAUCAUAAAGAAGGAGAAAAAAAAGCCCAGUAAGAAAGAUGAAAUCAAAAACAGCCGGCCCGCUGCCCCCGCUCCAUCAGGCCCCAUCGCUCUUCUGCCUUCCGCUUCUCUCGAAGCAGAGGAUGACAUAGAACUUGGUGUUUGCAAGCCGAUGUCGUAUGAGGAGAAGCGACAGCUGAGCCUGGACAUAAACAAAUUGCCUGGUGACAAACUAGGCCGAGUCGUGCACAUAAUCCAAACGCGUGAGCCAUCACUGAAAAACUCUAACCCAGAUGAAAUAGAGAUCGACUUUGAGACUUUGAAGCCCUCCACGCUGAGAGAGCUGGAAAAAUAUGUUUCUAGCUGCCUCAAAAAGAAGAAAAAACCAUCAGUAGAGAAGUCCCUGGAAAUGACCAAGAUAAAGACAGGAUCUUCAUCUUCAGGCAGCAGUGACUCCACUGACAGCGAAGACUCUGAGAAUGGGCUGGUUCCCAAGCAACAGAAAAAGAUGUCAUCCAACAAGGACUACAAGAGGGGGCACCACCAGCCUCCCAGCCGUGGGAUAGUUCCAGUCGCUCCCGCACCUCAUACGCAACCCCAGCUGGUCCAGUCAAAGACCCCGUUUGUAGCUGCUCCUUCUGUCCCAUCUCUGGAUUCGUCUCAGCUAAUGUCCUCAGGAUUUGAUCCUCUGGCUCACUUCAUGAAUUCUCACCUGACUGAUUCAAACGCAGAGUCCAGUCCAGCCAUUACCACCGCUGGAACUCCUUUACCCUCUGGCCUACUUAAUGCAAAUGCACCCACCAACCAGACACCAACUGACACACAUCCUUUCCUAAACCAGCAUCCAAUCGUACCGUCCCCAGCAGUCCACAAUGCUCUUCCCCAGCAACCAUCCAGACCUAGCAACCGUGCUGCACCUCUUCCACCCAAACCCCCCACAGCCCUCUCCUCGCUCCCUUCCCUGCCUCCGUCCGCCCCGACGCAACUUCAACCCACACUUCCCUUGAACCUCCCCCAGCCUGUCCCCCGCCCACGCGUCCCUUCGCCGCCAUCCCACGGCAUUCUGGGUACCCUCUCGGCUCAGCCUCCCCAAGCACUGUUGGAGGACGAUGAGGAGCCCACACCGAACAGCUCUGAAACACUGCCACUCAGUCAGGUUCACAAUCUCCUGCAGUCGCUUCAAGCAAGACCCACCAUGCAGCCGCUUCACACACACUCACCUGGGCAGGCUGCUCCCCAGCUCAUAGCGUCAAUGCACACACGGGGCAUGACACCAGCCCCUUCCACUCAGGCACAGAGACACAUCCCAGCCCAUGUGCCACAGCUGUUCCCAAAUGCUCACACAUCGGUGCCUCAGCAGCAAAAGGGUUCGGUUCUGCAGCAGAAGGUACAACAGUUACAGCAACAUCAGCACCAGCAAUCACCACAAAACACAGCAGAGGCCUUCUCAACCAAAGGCUGCAUGCGUGAAAGCCCCUCUCCGCUGAUGAUGCAUUCGCCACAAAUGCCUCAGUUUCAUCCAAUGGGACAGCAGUCACCUUUACAGACCAAGAAGCAUGAACAGACGUCCAACCUUGUUGGAGUUAAAGAGGAGAAGCUUCCACAGUCUCCAGGUCUACCUUCUUCACCCUUUAGCCCUACAAUCCAUCAAGACACAAACAAACCUGACAACAAACACAGUUUAGAGAUGAAGCCACUGGAUGGUUCUCACCCCAUUCCCCGCCUCCCAAACUCUCCAUCACCGGCCGCCUCCCAACAGGAUAACAAAAUCAAGCAACAACCCAAGACCCCCAUUGCACCCAAGAAAACACAGGAUAUGAAAUUAAAGAACAUGGGUUCCUGGGCCAGCCUGGCUCAUAGGUCCCAGUCCGCACCGACCUCAUCACUGCGCUCAUCAAGUGACAGCUUUGAGAGGUACAGACGAGUUGCCAUGGAGAAAGAGGAGAGGGAGAGGCAGCUGAAAGCCCAGGCAGAGCAAGCUAAGAGAGUACAAGAAAUGCUACGCCGUGACGACGAUGACACAGUGGAGCCCAGUCGUCGAGGGCGACAGUCACCCCUGGCUCCAACACCUCCAGGCUCUUCUCCGCCCACUCACUCCCCUCAAGCUCCUCCUGCUCCUGCGAAACAAGCCGCGCCUCCACCCCCCUCGGCCGCACAUAGCGCUCUUGACCAGCAGAGGGAGAGGGAACGCCUCCGUGAGCGUGACAGGCGCUGGAGAGAGGCGAUGGCGGACAAUAUUGACAUAAAUUUCCAGAGUGACCUGAUGGCGAUUUUUGAGGAGAGUCUUUUCUGAAAGCAAAAAGAACAUGACGGCGCGAGAGAAGGACUUAAGGUUACAACAUUUGCAAAUUCACAAGAAAACAUGCAACACAGCUCUGAGAUACAUGGUUGCCUGAGACGCAAAUCCACAUCACUGGACUUAACAGUAACUGUCCCGGUUUCUCUGCUUGUUGUGUUUGGGAACGUAGAGAAAUUGGUUUUCUCUUCUUCCUGCCUCAGAUAUGUCUCCUGCUUGAUGUUAUUGGUUACUUAUUGAUCUGCAAGGACAAUGGGAUAAAUACACACAGUCUGAAACAUUGAGAAGGAGAGAAUUAAGAUUGAUUCUCCUGCAUUAAAAAAACUGCGUUAAAUAAAAAAACUGGAGCGAUAUUGGGGGGUGGGGGGUGAGUAAGAAAUGAACAGAUUGCUUUGUUUUUACUUUUUUCCUCUCUCCAGAUCUUCAGAUUUCAGCUGGGAAGUUUGGGCUCUUGUGGUUAAGUUUGUAAGGUUUGUCAUCUAUCAUUUAGGAGUUGAUUGUUUUCUCAGGACACAAUGAGAAAAAAAACCGACACCCUCUUUUUAAGGCCUCCUGUCACUUUCCACUUUCCUCUGCAACAUUCAGGAGCAACAAUGAAGAAGCGAUAAUGUUUUAAAAGUUUUAAAGUGUGUCCCUUGCCUUAGCGGUCCAGUCUGUAAAUUAAUCACACCCCUACAAAUUAUACAUAUUAUAUAUAUAAAUAAAUACACGAAUAUAAUUAUAUAUAUAUAUAUAUAUAUAUAUAUAUAUAUAUAUAUUAUAUAUGACAAAAAGUCAGUGAAAGAAAACGAGAGGGAUAUUUGUGGAGAGCAAAGCUCGUGUCUGUGUUCAUCUCUGAGCUAUGGUUUUGAUUUUGUAGACUUUACUGUAAAGAAGAAAAAACUUUUUUAUGAUUCUAUUGAGAGGAUUGUUUUGUCUGUCUUAUUCUCACAUUUUCAGUUUGUUUGUUUGUUUUUUCUUAACUCUACGCCAAAACCUAUCCAUUGAAUGCUGAAAGUUGUUCCACAUUUUUUACAUGUAAAAUGCAUUGUCUUUUCACUUUAUAUUAAAGGCCAUGUCAUCAUUGCUAUUUAAUUUUGCCCCCACCACCUUUAAAUCUAAAGUUAUGCAACAGUCUUUCUCUCUAAUAGUUGGAAAAUCAGUUUCAAAAGAAUUUCAUGCGACUACUAGGUCCUGUCAUUUUGUAGCUAUUUGUGUUUAAUCAGUUUUAAAAAUUAAUUUUUCUCCUUCAUGUGAACAUUUUCAGUCCGUCUUUCCCAUCUUGUCUGCCAUGAUCAUCUCCAUGGCUUUGACAGUCUCUGUGAUAAAUUUCUCUUCAUUUGUUUGUCUUUUAUUGCUCUAUCUUGCAUUCAUUGUCCUUAGUGAGAGCUUUUUGGAUAUUGUGUGCCAUUUUGUUUUCCUGGAAGUGAGAGCUAUUCACAUUUUCUGUAGGUUGGCUCGGAGAUCCAAGAGUGUUUUCAGUUCUGUCAUAUUCUUUAGUUUUCUUCUUUUUGUUUUGUAUUUUCUGCAUUUUGCUUUCCUUUCCUUGCAGCUUUGAGGUUUCCCUUUUCCUCUCUGCUCCUUUUUUUUUCUUUGAUUUAUUUUACCCAGAACAUUGUGUUGGUAUGUUGGUGAGUGAGGCAUUGAGGUCAAUAGAUUCAUCUUCAUAUAAUGGAGUACAGCAUCUUUUUUUAAAAAAAGUAUUAAAAUAAUAUUUAAAAACCUUA